CAAAACGAAUACAAUAUCAGCUGAACGCCAACGCCGAGAGAACAACCCUUUUUGUAAAUUUUCAUGUCCAUCUUGCCCUCACAAUCACAAAUCGAAGGAUCCAAGUCAUCUCUUUCUAACUCUCAAAACCCUAAUUUCAAUCAUGGCAACCUCCUUCCUCUUUCUCCUUCUUCCAAGUCCAUUCAGAUUCCAGUAACAGGCCCUUUGGAUGCAACUAUACAAGAUGCAGGUGGACCUUCCAAAGAGGUGAGUGAACUAGGGACGCCAAAUGGUAAGAAUCAUUUUCCUCACCAAAGCAGGGUGUCACAAUCCUGGAAUCAUUCAGGUGUUAGUGGGGUUGGCUCCACCCGGUCAAGGGGAAAAAUGUUGGGACCCACUGUUUCCCUUGGAAGUCAACAGAGUACUGUGUCCAUGAGUUCUCAGGGAAGUACAACACAUUCAGCGGGAAAAAGAGCCCAAAUGAUAAAUGGAAAUCAUUUGUUGAAUUUUCAAUAUGACCCCAUCAAUCGUCCUCAAUACAGGCCAACACCUCCUCCUCCAAGAAGGCAGCGGAAGAUAAAGCCUUACAAUAAGGAUUUAUUUCUUCAAGCAAAUUACAAGUUUGUUGUGUUGGAUACUGGAAACUACAUCCCUGAAACAAUGGAUCCUGAUAAAAUGUUACAGUGGGAAGAUAUCAUAUGUGUGAGGUAUUCCACUCCAUUUCCAGUUCAGUGUCCCAUUUGUUUGGAAUAUCCUCUGUGCCCACAAAUGACGUCAUGUGGACAUAUUUUUUGUUUCCCAUGUAUUCUAAGAUAUUUGUUGAUGGGUCAGGAUAAUCAUAAAGGUGACUGCUUUGAAAAAUGCCCUUUAUGUUUUGUGAUGAUAUCUCCAAAGGAUUUGUACACCAUCGACAUUAAGAAUGUGACACAAUAUCAUGUUGGUGAUACCAUAGAGUUUAUGCUUCUAACUCGGGAGAAAGAUUCAUUUGCACUAUCUCAAAAAACUAAACAAGAUAAAAGUGCUUUGUCUUGUAGCGAUGGUGAAGGCGAUGAUCCUUUCUCAAAGUUUACUUUUACAUCAGAUGUAGAUCUAUCCGUCAGAAAAGCAAUAUCAGAUUUGGAUGGUUGGUUGGCCAAAGCUGAUGCGGGACUUGUGGAUGACCUCGAGAAGCUUCCUUAUGUCUGUGCUGCAAUGGAGCAAUUAGAACAGAGGAAAAAGUAUUGGAAUGAGCAUCGGGCUUGUGACGGCAGUAAAUCUGGUAACUAUACUGAUUGCCAUAAUGAAUCCCAUGGACCUCUCUCAAUUGAAAAAAAUAGUGAUCAAGAUGCAUGUGGUUUUGGAUACAUGUCAACUUCUAUUGAUAUCAGUGAACAAAGUAAGUUGUUGGGUGAUUUGACGUUGGACAAGUCAAGUGGUGGGACUGGUCUGGGUCAAAGUGCUGUCAUAGGUGAACUGUCGGAAGGCCAAGACACAAAUGUAUCGUCUUCGUAUGAUGAAAAUAAGAUCUUGCAGAUUCACUUUACUGGCUCUAGAGAUGUAAAGGACAAGGAUUCAUAUAAUUUUUACCAGGCCACGGAUGGUCAGCACCUCAUUCUUCAUCCAUUAAACAUGAAAUGCCUUCUACACCAUUAUGGUAGCUAUGAUAUGCUUCCGGACAGAAUAAGUGGAAGGAUUUUACAGCUGGAAACAGUGACUCAGUCUGAGGCCAUAAGGAGGCGCUAUCGUUAUCUAAGCCAUUUCUCUUUAACAACGACAUUCCAACUUUGUGAGAUUGAUUUGGGUGAGAUGCUGCCAGCUGAUGCACUAUUUCCCUUUAUGGAUGAAAUCAAGAAACGUGAGCGGCAGAGGAAGCAACUUGCAAAGCUGGAGCGGAAGGAGAAAAUGAAGGCUGAAGCUGCUUUAGUGCAUUCUGUACCCGUAUUACCCAGAUUUGGACAAUCCUCUCAUGAUGACUACCCUACAUUCUCCAUGGAUGAUUUUGAAGCCCUAGGAAGCGCUCCUGUGGCAUCCUCAAGCCCUCCAAACGUAGUAGAGCGGAGACUUUUCUCAAGUGUAACAAGGCUGGGUUUUGCUGCUGGGCAUGAUUCACCAUCCUUGAAAACUGAGGAAACUAGUGCUGUGCGCAAAAAUGAAGGAUCAAAUGGUUCCUCUGGUGUAACUGUAGGUUCAAGGAAUUUAGCGAUUCCAUCGUUUGCGAAUGUAAUAUCAAGAGAAAAAAAUCUUGAGAAUUUGGAUUCUGGCAAGAUGAAUGAGGUGGGAAAGAAGGGGAAAAAACCAAGCAGAGUGCUUUUGUCAACAUCCGGUAGUCGCCGGUACUAAAACUUCAGUGCAGCCAUCAGCUUCAGCUUCAGCUGUGAUGAUCUUAUGUUUAUUAUGAGACAUCAACCUUGAGAAUGUCUUGUGUGUGAAUUAGUAGUCUGAGAUUGUAGUUGAUGAACUUUUUGUCUUGAUGUAGACCCAGGCUUGCAACAUUCUUUUUUCUUACUAUUGGAAUCUUCACUUGGGAUUACUGAUAAAUUAUGGUGUAAGUUACCACUACAUGUAAAAUGUUCACUUCUCAGUAAAACCAGAUGAUAGAUUUGAAUUGGUUUGAUGAAA